AUGGGAAUCAAGGGGGAUCCUGUGGUUUCGCGUGUGCCGGCUCUGCAGUUGCCUGUUGAUCCUCAGAAGUGGGCGAAGAGGACUGCGGUGAAGGAGGCGUGGGCUAUGUUGCGGGAUAAGUAUAGCUUGGGUCAGGCGGCGUGGGAUAAGGCGACAUGGGACUUUUUGACAUUUGUGCUGGGAAGGGAGUGGGGACGUGUGGCUAGUAUGAGCAAGGCGAGGAAGUUGGGAUGGACGGGCUAUGAGGAUACAUGGGAGGCGUUUGAAUGGACGUUUCGUAUCUUGGAACAGGGGGGGAUUAUUCCGCCGGUUGAGCAGUUGUAG